GUUCAAAACAGAGAAAGACACGGAUACAGACGAAAGCAUUUUCCAUUUUGCCAUCGCUUCCAUUUUUAUUGCUCAUUAUCUCACAAAACUUGUAAGCCCUUCAAUCGUAUCUCAUAUCCACUCUUUCCCCUUUAUCAAUUUGUUGUAAUCAUUUUCAUUGUCCGAUGGAUGUCUGCAUUCCAAAAAACGACUUUGGCGCUAGAUACUUUUGGGGUCUUCAUCAUUUAUAGAACGAGUCUUUCAUGCAUAUCGGCUAAAACGUCUCUUGUCAUAUUCCGAUAUUCGGUUUCUUAGUGUGACAAAUGAAAAGUAUUUAAGAAAAUCUUAGCCUAGACAAUUUUAUGUGAUGGGGAACUUAAGAAGGGGGAAGAAAAGUGUGGAAGCUGAAAACAUUGUCAUGUUAGAUGAGGAAAAUGAUUGUUUCAGUAAUGUCGAUAUUCCCAAACCAGAAAGUCUUGCAAAGAAAUCACGUGCUUCAAAAAGAUUAAAAAACAACAAGAAUUUUACUCCAAAGUCAUACAUAUACAUUGAUGAUGAUGAUGAUGAUGAUGCUAAGCAUUCUCCAAUGAAGUUCUCAAAAUGCAAAAGGACAUACCCUGGGAAAGAUUCCAACAACUGUCAUGGUGUUCGAAAGCAAUCAAAUAAUGAUCCAUCUACUGAUCAUAAUGCAUCUGAAUGUGAGAUCAUGGUAGAUUCAAAGGGGAUGCUACAAAAGCUAUGGGAAAGAGCAUCAUUGAAGAAAAAAGCCAGUGUUCAAAGUGAAUCUGAUUCUAAAAAAGGUCAAUGUGGUUUUGGGCACAUAGAUGAAAAGUCUAAAGAGACACCUACUAGUAAUCAAGUGGAGAAUGAAGAAAAACAUAAGGCAGAAGAAGCUAAGCAGUUGCAGCGUGUGAUGAAAAGAAAAGAAGCUGAAAAGUCACGUUUAUUAGACAUAGAGAGAAGACAAAAACAACGUGUGAAAGAAAUCAGGGAAACUCAAGAACAGGAAAAGGAAAACAUGAACUUGAAAGAAAUAUAUCGUACAAAAGUGCAAAAUGACCUUAAAAAUCUUGAAAUGACAUGUCAUGAUAUGCCUUCAUUGUUGCGUGGUUUAGGAAUCUUUGUUGAUGACUCAUCAACUCAAAUUCGUGCUGCUUAUAAACGAGCAUUACUUAGCUUUCACCCAGAUCGAGCUACUGGAUCUGAUAUGCACCAACAAGUUGAAGCUGAGGAAAAGUUCAAGCUUAUAUCACGCAUGAGGGAUAAAUUUAUAUGAUGAUAAAUUUAGUUUGGUUAAUUUUACUUUUUUUUAUUUUUUUUGGCACUUUUAGUGUUAAUAAUAUGCGCAUAUUUAUAGGCAUCAAGGAAUGUAACAGAAUGAUUUGUUUUGUUUUGACAAACGAGCCAUCUACUAUCUUUGUUACUUUUUCAUUCUAUAAUGGCCAUUGAAAACUGACAAUAUAAGUUAAUCAUA